AUGGAUUCUCGAACAUCCCGUCUCCUGGACCCGUCCUCUGCAAUGGCGGCCAUCACCAAACACAAGGCGGAAGCAAUCAAGCUAGCCCGUGAACAAGGGGUGGCCGUCCAAGAGAUGUGUCGUCGUGCGAAAACCGAGGUUCCACCAUACGAGUUUGAAGAGUUGAUAGGCAAAGGUGCUUAUGGUCGCGUUUACAAGGGUCACCAAAAACCAUCGGGUCGGCUGGUUGCCAUCAAAGUUCUAGAUAUUGACUCGCUAGACUACAAGUCGCUUCGAGAUUUCAGAGACGAGUCGAUAAAAGAUUUCAUCCAUGAAACAAAGGUGAUGAAGCAAGUGAAGGAUUCUGGUGCCAAAAACAUCAACGAAAUCAUUGAAGCCAUUUCCAUUCACUCCCAGUUGUGGCUGGUUUGUGAGUACUGUCCCGGUGGCAGUGUCCGUACCUUGAUGCGUGCAACAAACGACAAGCUCGAUGAGAAAUACAUCAUACCAAUCGCUCGUGAGCUGGCUGUUGGACUUCAUGCUAUUCACGAAGCUGGAAUUAUUCAUCGCGAUGUGAAAGCUGCAAAUAUUCUUGUUCAUGAAGAGGGUCGUCUAGAAAUCUGUGACUUCGGUGUUGCUGGUGUUCUCCAAUCACAGCGAGACAAACGAUCCACUUGGAUUGGAACACCACACUGGAUGCCGCCAGAGAUGUUUGCAACUCGUGGAGAGGCCCAUCAAUACGGGAAUGAGAUUGAUGUGUGGGCGUAUGGGUGCACACUGUUUGAAUUCGCGAACGGGAACCCGCCAAACGCAGGCCUGCGAGAACGAAUGCAAAUCGGUCGCCAACUAAAUCGCAAGACUCCCCAGCUGGACAGCGAUAAGUACAGCCAAGGCCUGAAGGAUCUUAUUGCCUACGCCCUUGACUCCAAUCCAGACACUCGCCCCACGAUGGCAGACAUCCUUGCCCACCCCUACAUUGCCGAUACGGAUGAGGAAUACCCGACCGCCUCUGUGGGUGAGUUGGUAAGAAACUACUACCAGUGGUCACAGCGAGGAGGCCAGCGGAUUUCUUUGUUCCACCCAGGCGGCGCCGCGGCAGCUGAACUCCCAGGCAUCGAGGAGUCAGAAGAUGACUGGAAUUUCAGUACAACAGAUGGGUUCGAGCGAAGAUUCUCUGUCAUUGACCUGGAUGAAAUUGCCGCCUCGCUGGCGGAGAUGGAGCAGUCAAUCAGUCCUACCGACACAAUGCCUGAGCAGGACAUGUACGAACAGUUUUCGGAGGACGAUCUCAACUAUGAAGAUAAGGCCAAUUUCGAUGAACGUGUGCGUCGAGGCGCUGUGGCAAUGGAAGGCCUGUUUGAUGAGGAAAAGCCCAGCUACAAAUACGAAACAAAAAAUGACUUUGUCCCCAUCGAACCCGCCCAGCCCACUUCAGAUCUCCCCCUCCGUGCGGAAACAGACCGCUCCUCUGUCACAUCAACUUUUCUCGAUAUCGACAUCGGGUCAUUCGAGGCCUCACACUACGCAGCAGGAGCUCCAUCUGCGCAGCCUUUCCAAUUGGUCGAUGCAAACACUAUCCGCGCAAACCGUUCCAGUCUUCGAUUGAACAGGACCUCCUCUGAGAAUAGCUCAAAGUCGUCUGGUAGCAGCGUGGAUGAAGAUGAAAACCUCGAAGACACAUUCGUACCGUCUGGCCCUCGACCUCCCACCAUGGACUGGAAAUUCCCGUCGUUCACACAAGAUGAAGAGGAACAACCGGAAGAAGAAGAGGAGGAGGUUCUUGCACAGGAGCCCAUAACGGAGGAGUCUUUCCAGGCUGAGAAGCGAGCCACCAUGCAGUGGACAUUCCCAGUCAUGGGAUCCGUGCCCGAGAGUCAAAGCUACGAUGACCGACAUGACACCCUCCGGGCUCCUCUGCCUGAGGUUCAGCCUCCGCCGCAGUCGCAGCCACUGUCAACAGAUGAACCAGGUGACUCACGUCCUUCGACUUCGGCAUCGAAUACCUCCGAUUCAGAUUACGAUCCCUUCCGCUUCGAUCGCCCCACCACCCCACAGGGCGCAAAUUCGCUCCAUCACAGCCAUUUCUUCGACACAGAGCUCCCCGCGAUGAUGGAAUUGGCCGGUUAUAAUGAAUAUGAGGCUUCCGGGAUUCUCGAUGGCCCCGGGCCAGACGAAGAAUCUCACCCUGAAUGGAAGGCGCACUCCAGGACUUCCUCGUACGAAGAUAGUAUGACAGCUUUACCUACGGCCGUUCCAGUUCCCCAAACCCCCACUGCUUCUUCGGUGACUUCGGGUCCGGUCUCAGAACCGGGUUCUCCUGUGUUUGAAACUAUACGAAAUGUACGACACGAUGUAUCUGAAGUCCCCAUGUUACAGGCAGAAGAUGAGGGACCAAUCCCCUUCCCGGCUCUCAAUCCCCCGAGUGCGGCGAGUCUGAUGGAAGGUAUGGAUGAUGGUGUGGUGAUAGCAGAACUUGACCGUUUACUGGGUGAUUUCCUAGAGUCGCUUUCGGCGACUGGUGAGGCAUUGUCACGGGCCGAGUUCAAAUAUGAGAUGAAUGAUGUUCAGGUUGUUGAGCAGGUCUAG